UCCCCACGCUGCUGCAGAGUACUUCUGCUGUGUUUCCAGCAACACUCCACCUCUGCACAGACAAGCAGCAGCCGCAGCAGUAGCAGCACACACGGCUGGAGCCUGAACCCAGCCUGCAGCACCGCGCAGCCUCCCGGUCUGUGACCUGUCGCUUGCGGAAUACAUGUGAAUUGAAUUAGAGGAGCAGCCACGAUUGUAUUUAGUCUUUUUUCUUCUUCUUCUUCUUUUUGAUAGAAAGCUUCUGUGUUGCCAGGGAGGAGAAAGUCCUAGCAGCCAUGAAAGCUCAUCCUCCAUCUACCAGAUACCCUCACAUCCACCUCUGACCAAACCCAAAUUAGCAAACCAAAGAUGUCAGCGUGCAGUGACUUUGCAGAACACGUGUGGAAACCCGGCUCUUGUAAGAACUGCUUCCACCCACUCAGUGCUCACAAGACCACUGGCAUCCUGGAUGGCAGUUUGCCAGCACCUUGUUUGAAGAGCAGCCUGGGAGGCGAUGAAGAAGCUGGAGUGACGGCACCUUCACCCUACAGCAAACCCACCAUCGCUGUCAAACCCACCAUGAUGAGCUUCGACACCAGUGAGACAAAAGACGUCAAUAUGAACAUAGAGCAGCAGGAGAAUACAAAGAGCCCAGUUGAGCGGAUGGACCUGAAGAAGCUCUUGAACCUGACGCCACUUUAUAUUGAUGGUAAUGGAAGCAACAGGGCUCAUAGAGAUGCAGUUCUUCAAAGUCCAGAUGCCAAGAUUGACUACAACAACUGUAUCUCCUUGUCCCCAACUAUCCUGCCCAAAGACUCCAUGAUCAUCGGCAAUAUCUAUGUCAGCCAAGAGGAAGGUAAAGGUUGUCAGAAUUUAAAGAAAAAUGCCAACGAGGACUCCUGCAGGCAGCAGCAUAACAUGGCUGCUAUCAGGACCAAGAGCACUUACAAUGGGAGUGUUGUUACUUCCAGGACAAACUAUGAGUCCCAUGAAGGAUCUGUGGAGAUACCAUUGUCAGUGAAUAUUGUUCCUUCCAGUCUUGCCACAGUUCAUAGCAAUGGUGUAAGCAGUUUGAGUUCCACCACUGUUAUCACCAAGACGUCUAGCACUUCUACCGUUUCCUGCCACACAGCGUCAAGUGUGGACACGACUAUUCACUCUGUUCCUGUCCUGUCUAAACAGAGCAGCCUAUCGGACUCCUCUUCUUCUUAUCGUAGCAGUACAGAUUCACUUCCUGGUCCUGAAGGUUCGAUGGGAAGACGAGGUGGGUUGGGGAGCCCGCCGAGUUCACAAGCCAUAAGUAGCCCACAGUCGGCUCCCUGCUCUCCUAAUGGACAAGUUGACUCUGAGCCUAUUUAUGCUGAAAGCACCAAGAAAAAGCGCAGGCCGCAAGGAAAUGGACUGCAACCCCAUCCUGAGUGCCCAAACCAGGCAAAGCAGUCCCAGUGCUCUGAGGCUGAACGGUCUGGAGAAAAUCAGCGGGCUACCAUCACUGUAAUGGCUGCUCACACUGAGGAAAACAACAGAACUUUCUAUCUGAGCAGCCCAGAUUCAGCCGUCAGCACCCAGUGCAACUUUAGCCCUACAGCACGUAAAGACUCAGGCAGCCCAGCCUUCUGUUGGCCCAGCUGCAGUUCACCCUCUGUGGGCACAGAGGCUUUCCAUCCCCCCUCCCUGCUUCCCAAGCCCCAGUCUAGCCCACCCAUUCCUCCAAAGAGGAACAUACGUUCCCCAAAACUAGGCACCUCUAGCCUUUCGUCUUCCAUGUCUUCUCCAGUCGCUCUUCCUGAAUUUCCUAAAUUAGGUACCUCCAGCCUCUCGCCGUCCAUUACAUCCCCCAUCCAGCCCCCAGAACUCCCCAUGCUUUUCCUCGUCUCUGCAAGAGAGGGUCAUUUCAAGGUCCCUGUCGAAAACCAGAGUGCGGCAUCUGAAACCUGGCAUAAGCCCAGUCACUACAGCUCUAGCUGGAACUGUCGUAUUGAAGAAGAAGAGGAGGAGGAAGAGAGAGAAUGGAAAGGAAUAGAGAAGAAGAUAGCUGCCAGCCCGGGAACAACCUCUCUAGGGACAGGAAUGGUCAAUGGCGCUGCUGUCUGGAAGGCCCAGAGCAGCGCCCCUCCGACGACAGAGCCAGGCACGGCCCCCCCGGCCGCCUCCAACAAUGGUGUCUGUCAGGGGGAAACUAAGGGCACCGGCACAGAGGAGGAGGGCAAGCAUAACGGGAGCAUGCCGGCCAAGCAACCGUUGCAUGGCAGCUCAUCAGAGCUGCUGGCAGCAGGGAAAGGAGCUGCCAACAAUGACCCCAAUCCACCACCUCCCCCUCCUAAACUCUACAGAGUGAGUGGUAGAAUGAGUGGCAGCAACAUGGAGCUGGACCACUGCAACCAACAAGGGUCAGCAGAGAGUCCUACGUCAUCCUUACGGGGCCUUGGCAGCACUAACCUACCAACUGCCUCCACUGACAGCUUAACUGCUGACACUGGUUCUCGGGAUGCUACACGGAUGUCUUGUUCAUCACCAUUUCCCAGAACUCCAGUGGGCUCAGCCCCAGGGUCUCCUCACCCGCCUUCCUUUAACAGCUCAAGAAGCCAGCCCCCUCCUCUCCCGGAAAAGAAAAUGGUCAACCGCACUGUGUCUGCUCCAGACAGCACAAAUGGAAAACCUUUUAUCCGAGCCUACCCACGUCUUCCGUUCACCGGCUCAGAGAGCAACGUGUGUCGCUCUGUUGAUGCCAGCUCCCGUUCCAGUUUACCAUCCAGCCCUGUUGACCCCCGGCCCGUUUUCUCUUCCAACGAGUCUCUGGAGCGGUGUCACGCCCCACUAGGCCGACCCUCGAGGUCCCGGACGCUGGAUGAGCCACUCAAGGCUCAGGGGCGACUGGGUGUGCACUGCCGAGGCAGCAUCACUUGCUCCUCUUCACCCCAGCUCAGCGCACCCUUGUCAGCCACCGAGCCGGGUUUAGCACCAAAUUAUGGCUCAAGUCUUCAACUGCAGACCCUUCUGAGUAAUAUUGACAGUAGAGAGGGGGUGUACUCCAAACUGGGCGGGCUGUAUGCAGAGUCUCUGCGGCGCUUGGCUUUGAAAUGCGAAGAUCACUUCACCCGCUCCCAAAAGAAUCCACUUAGGUUUGAAGAGAGCAACUGGUCUCUGUUCAGGCUCACAUCAAACAAGCCCAGCUGCAACGCAGGAGAUGCUGUCUACUACGCCGCUGCCUGUGCUUCUGACCCUAACAAUUCCUACGCCGUGAAGAUCUGUAAGACCCCAUCCAUGGAUGCCAAGCAGGGUCAUCUGUACAGUCUGUCGGUGCAGCAGAGCAUCCCUCCUCACUUUAACCUCCAGCAGGAUUGUGGCCAUUUUCUUGCCUGUGUCCCUCAAAGCAUGCUGCCUUCAGAUGAAGUGCCUCUGCCCAGCGCACCUGCUUCAUCGCUGCCUCAGCCCACAACAUCUGUGCAGGGUCAACAGGUGGAGCGAGAGCGAGUGGUGGUCAUCACUCCUGAGAUUCCUCAGCAGACGGCAGCUGACUUUGUUCGGGAGUGGGAGAGAUUCCAUAAAAUCCAGCCGGAGGUCUACGAGCGCCGCGUAUGUUUCCUCUUACUGCAGCUCUGCAACGGUUUGGAGCACUUGAAGGAGUAUGGGGUCACGCACCGUGACCUGUGUCUCGAAAACCUGCUGUUAGUGCCUCAUCAGCGCAGGCCGUCCCAUUUAACUCAACAAACAACCUCUGACAGCAGCACUUGUAACGGUGCGAGUGCUGGAGACAUUCAGCGCCACCUUCCCCGGCUCCUCAUCAGCAACUUUGCCAAGGCCAAGCGUCGCACCUCCGAGGAAUCUGCCACAAACAGCGGGGACCCUCGUAUGAAACGUGACCAUGCCAGACUGGCGCCUGAGAUUGUCUCAGCAGCCCAGUACCGUAAAUUUGAUGAGUUCCAGACAGGCAUUUUAAUCUAUGAGCUCCUCCACCAGCCCAACCCAUUUGAGGUGAGUCCAGCCCUGAGAGAACAAGACUACCGCUGUGAGGACUUGCCUACAGUCCCUUCUGUCUCUCUUUACUCUCUGGGCCUCCAGAGGUUGGCCCAGCUCCUUCUCCAACCCGACCCCAUCAAACGCAUCCACAUCCAGGAGGCCAAGCGUAUAUUGCAGAGCCUGCUUUGGGGUCCCAGGAAGGACCUGAUGGAGCAGCAGUGGGAGAGACACAGACGAGGAGGCUUUGUUGACGGGUCCCGACACGAGGGCCUCCUCAACUGGCUUGAUGUGAAAAGGGCCCUUCUGAUGAUGAAAUUCGCUGAGCGCUCACUGGAGCCAGAGAGGAACGCAGAGCUGGAGGACUGGUUGUGCUGUCAGUACUUUUCCUCGGCUCACCCUCUGUCUCUCUGCCAUACUGCUGAACUGCUCUACUCACUGAACUGACGGCUCACUUUGAGUUUAUUAAAAAAACUUGAAUGGAGUUUAAGUCAUGUGUGAACUAUUGAAUGUGCAUAUGUCAAAGUUAAUGUCUAACUACGGAUCGGCCGAAAUGGUGUGAUCCUCUGGAAGAACUGUGAACCUGUUGGUAUUACUUCUGCUUGCAUGAGAGCCAUGCAUCAAACCAGCCAUCCACCCUUUGCCGUCCUGGUACUGACGGGAAAAAAUAGGUAAGCGCUGAAAAUCUAGCUAAACUUGUAGUAGUCGUCCCAGAAAUAUGGACAAAAUAACUUUGUACCAGUUACACCGAGGGAGACUGAGGAGUGUUCAUAAUUACAUAAUACACUUACCAAAGUUCUAUGUUUCUGUAUUAUGUGUAUUUAUUAGUAGCAACAUUUUACACACUGAGGGAGCCUAAUACUCAGUGUCUUUAGUCUGUGUCUGCCACUAAUGCUUUCUCAUGUCUAAUUGUGCAGCUAACUCUGUCCAUUUUUUUUUUUUUUGUUUGUGUUUUUUUGUUUUGUUUUUUUUACAAUAAAAAUAUGGGGUUACCUGAAGAAACCUUUCUUUCUCGUAUGUUGAGUCAUGGGCACAUAUUGCGCUGCAAACUGUGUAUGUUGGUGAAUAUUGGCUUACUAGUCAUAACAAACAAAGCAAUAUUCCUCAAGUAUUAACUGACAAAACGAUUGACAGGAUCAGAUUGCUUCAACCAAACAGACAAUGCUCUGUUUUCCCUGUUGUGCUUACUAUUUAUCACGUUUAAAUGUUCUGCCAUUUGUCACAGUGCCUUUUUGUUCUUUGUAUAUGUUACAGUGACUCAAACCAAAUGUAAAUAUUACUGAUCAUUUCUUCUUUGUGAAACUGGCCUUUCACAGAAUGUUCCAGUAACAGCCUUGUACAGCUAUUUGUAGAUGAUUUUUCAAGUUUAAAAAUGGAAAAAUGAGCCCAAGCAGGUCUUAAAAAGCCAUGAUCAUGAGCAGCAGUUAAAGAUAUUUAUGAUGUAAUUUGUUUUCCUGUCACAGUCACUGGAAUUCCGUUUUUCUUUCUUCUUCUUCUUCUUCUUCUUCUUCUUCUUUUUAGUUGCAGGAAAAGCUUCGUUAUGAACUUUUCAUCUUCAUUAAAUAGCAUCCUAAUUGCAUCUAGUGUGGUAAGAAACAGCCUGCAUGCAGGUUUUUUUAUGUUUUCCAUGUUUUUAAUCAAGAGAAGAAAAAAAACAUGGCCUAAACUAAUACUUAACUGAGUUGAAUUACUUUGUGUGCCUCUCUUAUUUGCAUCUAUCAAUAAACUGUUCAUAUAUUUUCUCACGG